AUGGAGUUGCAUGUGACCACAGUGACCAAGCCUAUUUCUUUUGUAGUGCAGUUGCAAAAUGUAAGGUGGAAUAGUUGGAAUCACUUCGCCUGCAACAUAAACGAACAGACAAUUCGACAAAUCGCUGAUGCGAUGGUAGAUACCGGCCUUGCAAAGCUUGGUUAUGAGUAUAUCAACAUAGAUGAUUGUUGGGCAGCCUAUAACAGGGACUCCCAGGGUAAUCUAGAACCAAAGCCAUCAACAUUCCCCUCUGGAAUGAAGGCCCUCUCGGACUAUGUGCAUGGAAAAGGGCUCAAGCUUGGAAUCUAUAGUGAUGCAGGUUCGCGAACUUGCAGCCAACAGAUGCCGGGCUCACUUGGACAUGAAGAGCAAGAUGCAAAAACUUUCGCAUCUUGGGGAAUUGAUUACUUGAAGUAUGACAACUGCAACUACCAGGGAUUAAGCCCACAAUCAAGAUAUAUCACCAUGAGCAGGGCGCUUCUGAAUUCUGGGAGGAAUAUUUUCUUCUCCAUCUGUGAAUGGGGUGUAGGUAACCCAGCAACAUGGGCAAGCGGUUUAGGAAACAGUUGGAGAACAGCCGGUGACAUCAAGGACAAUUGGGGAAGCAUGACAAGCAACGCCGACAGUAAUGACUAUUGGGCAAAAUAUGCUGGGCCUGGUGGAUGGAAUGACCCAGACAUGCUGGAAGUCGGGAACGGGGGAAUGACAACGGAGGAAUACCGCUCCCAUUUCAGCAUAUGGGCUCUAGCCAAAGCACCUCUCUUGACUGGCUGCGACAUCGGCUCUAUGAGCAAGGAUACCAAGGAUAUCCUCAGCAAUCAAAAUGUCAUUGCAGUCAAUCAAGAUGAGCUUGGGGUGCAAGGGCACAAAGUGCAAAAAAAUGGAGACCAAGAAGUCUGGGCUGGUCCAUUAAGUGGAGGGAGAGUUGCAGUUGUUCUAUGGAAUAGAGGGCCUACUCAAGCAUCCAUCACUGCCAGCUGGAGCAGCAUUGGUCUUAGCACUUCCGCUGCCGUCAACGCUCAUGAUCUGUGGACAGGUGAGGUUACAUCAUCUGUGCAAGGAGAGCUGAAGGCGACAGUGGAAACCCAUGCUUGCGAGAUGUAUGUGUUGACCCCCAAAUAG